AUGAUUCAGAUAAAUGCUUUGCUAAUUGGUCAAAAUUUAUAUAUCGACAAUAAAAAAGGUCUAAUUCGAUCAGCUGAAAAUAUUCUCAAGAAUUUUCAUUAAAAUUACAAAAAAAAUGAUCAACAUAUGAUUGUAAUUUACCCUUUAAUUGAUGAAGAAGAGCAAUUAUUCUUCAUCAAUAUGACUUACUCUCCAGAGUUUAAGAAAUCUGAAAAUUUGACGUAUUGGCAGGUCAGUAAAACACAAGGUGAAAAUCGAAUAUUCUUUGCACAUUUGGAAAUAAAUCUUGACAAAAAGUCUAAAAGCAUUUGUUCUAUCUAUCAAGAAAAUGAUGCCUUUAUUGAGAGUUGUUUCACACCAGAAGUAAAAGAGUUCUUUUAAGAAUCACUGGAGCUAACUGAUUCUCAAUAUUCGAUUGAAUUUCUAAAACCUUAAUCCUUAAUAGAUGAACAACAUGCUGGAGUCGAAGUCGCUCAAAUAGGUCUAAAUAUUCUUUAGUAAAAACAAUAAAUCUAUUGCAUGAGUGUAGCUGAUAUUCUAAAUUUAAGACAAGAGCACUUUUCUAUUUCUGAUUCAAAAGCUAAUCCAAUUAAUUAAUAUAUUAAAAAUCAAGAGUAGAACUUUGAUUUGGAAGAUUAACUCCUUGAAUUCUAUAUACUCCUUGAAGACAAGUAGCAAAGAAAGUUCUUGCAAAUAUCUAAAGCUCUAUACGAAAAGGAAGGCGAGGAAGCUUAAGGUCCUAAGUAAAACGAAGUUUUAGCUAAAUUAGAAAAAUUCUUCUUAAAAUAUAAAGAUUUUAUGUUAUAAAUACCGAUGAAUCACCAUUAGAACCUUAAUGAGUAUUUGAUGACCUAGUCUGUUCCAUUUAUUCUUAGAUAAGAUAAAAUACUAGAUCUUAAAAAUUCAAUUAUUUAGUGUCUAGAGCAUAUUAGGGAAGAGCUGUAAGGACAAGAAAAUGAAGAUUAUGAAAAUUUGAAUAAUGAAAUGAGUCUAGAAGUAUACUAGUAAUUUAUAUCUGAAAGAAAAAAAUUUGAAUCUAGAAAGGAGAAAAAGGAAGAUAUCAAUGUACUAGACAAUAUGUCAUACUUUUACUAUGACAAUUAGAUUUAUUGCAAGACACUCACAGGAAAGUUUUUAACAGAAACUGGUGAUGAUGCUAGUUAUUCUGAUUUAGUUUGCAUGCUCUUGCAAUAUAUUAAGAUAAAUUUCAAGAUAACUUGCAUUCCAAAUAAUGACGAUUAAUAAAUUGAUGAUGAUCUAAAAACAAUAAUCAAAAAGAUAUAAUAAACAAAAUAAAAAUUGGGAAAGUCAAGCAUUGUAAAAUACUUAAAUAAGAAAUUCUCUGUAGAUCUUAUUGAUGGGUCCAAAUGUAAGGAUUUUAUUGGAGAUUAAAGGAAACUUUACUAUUGGCCAGUUGUCUAUUAAGAUGACUAUGAAUGCUAUGAGACUACACUUGUAAAGAUGGAGAGGAUCUAUACAAAUCCUACUGAGGUCUAUGAAUUCCUCCUGAACAUAAUUGAGAAUGAAAGUUCACUUUACACAAUACUUGAAUACUUUAUGAAAUAUCUUUAUGAAAGGAGCAAAGCAUCCUUUUAAGAAUUUUUAGAUUCGGUCACAAACUCUUUAAAGAAAAACAUUUCAGUUAGUGAGCUUUGGAAAGUGAUCUCAGAUAGCGUCAGAAGUGGUAAUUUUUCAAAUGAUAAUCCUGAUUAAGCACUAAUUUUGAAGCAUACAUACAUCAUGGAUACCUUAGUUGAAUAAAUAGAGCACUGUAAAUAGUCCACUGAAAAGAUGUUUCUAUUCAGAAUGAGACAAGACCUAAAAUCUUACAUCCAAGAGAUCAAUUUGUAAAUAAUCAAGGAAAAUACUUACAAAGAAAAUCAACAGUCACUAGCACUUCAGCUAGAAGAAAUCAAAUUUUUAUAGGAGUAGAAACAUCUAGAGAAAGAGAUAGAAAACCAAAAGGAAAGAAUUAAAGAGCAAAAUGAAGCAAUUUCAAAACUAGAAAAAGAGCUCCAAAAAACACAGAGUGAAGACAAAAAGAAGGAAUUGGAGGCACAGAUGGCAAAACUUUCAAAACAAAAAGAGGAACUAGACCUUUAAAAUCAAGAUAUGGUCUAUAAAAAAUUCUAUAACAGUAUAUAUAAGGGGCUUAAAAAGCAUACUGAACAAGUUAGUCUAAAUUUGUUUGACAAAAGUUCUACUCUUGGGGAAGUGAUAAAUUAACUGAAAACUUAGUUAAUUAUAGAUAAAACUUACAUGGAAAAAAUUUGGAGUGAGAUAACUGGCUUAGGCUAGGAGGAUUUGAAUUCAUUCAAUAAUUUCGUAAACAGAAAUUCUUAAAACAAAAAAUAUGCAGAUGAAAUCAAAGCAAAAUGGGCUGUGCUUUUUGCCAAACCAGUUGUCAAACUUAGCAAUGGAAUACUUUAAAUCUCAGGAAAUUUUUUCUCAAUGACCACUGUAAAAAGUUAAUAUGAAUAGUUCAUAAACUAAGCAAAAGAAAUUCUAAUUAUUGCAAUAGAGCAAUUGAUAUGGGAUGUUAAUCUCAUUGCACCUUCUAAAAAUGUAGCAAUAGAGGCAAAAGUCAUUUUUGUUAAGUUUAAAGAAUGUGUAAUUGACACAUCCUCCCCUAAUUAAUCUAAAUAAUCUUAAGAUUAGUUGAAUGAUUGGCAAAGAUAAAAUAAAAGAGACCCAAUCCAUGGAAAGCACGGACUUGCUGGAGAAAGUGCAGGUAACAUCAUGAUUAAAGCCUUUGAGGAUAUAUAGUGGAAAGAGUGUCUCAAGCUAAAAGCAAAUGGAGCAAGAGGAUAAGAUGGCACUAAUGGCCUUGAUGGAUAUAAUGGAGCACAAGGUAAACAUGGAAGAGACGGUUUAUCGAUGUGUAAGGAUAAGGAGUCUCCAAAUGUAUUUAAAACAAGUACUUUGGGAAAUGAACACAAAAUUUGGUAUGGAACGAAAAGAGGACUAGGUUCUGAUGCUGGGCUAGGGGGUAAUGCUGGUGUUGGAGGUGAAGGUGGUUAUCAUGGCUAGAUAUCUGUUACCAUUGGAAAUAAAAAAGCAACUUUGAAUUUGGAAUAAAAAAAAGGUUCAAACGGGAAUGAUGGAGUAGAGGGAAAUGGAGGCACACCUGGUAAAGAUGGCUUAAAUGGAGUAGACUGCCAUGAAUAUAAUCAAUGGGCAACAAAGAUGCAUUAUGAUGAGGGUGAUUUAAAACUUGAAGAGGAGAUUGGGAUAUUUGGAAAGAGGUCUUACGAAUGUAGAAUACUCAAGAAUAAAUAUGAUUAUGAAAGGUACGGCAUGAAUGAUUAUUCUAAAGAUUAAAAUGGGCUUCUCAAAGAUUUAAGAGGUUUAAAAGCAACAUAGCAAUAGAACAAGAAGCAAAAAUCUGCCUAGAAAUAGGCUAUUAAUUAAGCUUUGAUUGACUCCAUCUUUUAGCAAAAAUCAUAGGAAUUAAUUAGUGCUGAAACUUAAAAGUAAGUGUAAGUUAUUUCUCAGAAAGAAACUAAAGAAACACAAUAGAAAAUCGACUAGCUGUAAAAAACUCAAGAUGCUAACAAGCAGAAACAAUCUUAGAUAUAAAAGUCAAAUUAAAUGGCAUAAAACAAGAAAUAAAGCGAGGCUUUAAAACUCUAAGAAAAGCAAAUGAUGCUUUCUAAUUAAAAGUAAGCAAUCAUGUAAAAUUAAAAAAAACAGUAAGAUGUUGCUUAAAAAAUAAAUGAACAAAAUAAGCAGCUUAUGCAAAUGAAUUAAAAUAUUGAAUAAAUUGAUGUUACAAGUCAGCAGGUUUAGUAAUAAGUGACUUAAGAAGCAACCUACAAAGAAGAUAAAUCUAAAAUUAAGAACGAGCCAAAUAAAUCCUUUGAAUGGGAUAUUGGUCAUAAUUAAAUCGUACUUCCAGAUCUUAGUGAGUAUAUGAGAAUUGAUUAGGAAAAGCUGAUUUAUUUUUUAUAGAACCUUAAAAUUAAUCAUCCAGCAUAAAUAAAUCUGAUUGAAAAAUUCCUUGAAAUGGUUGAUACCUUCAUACUACUAAUGAGAAAUCUGUAUCAUGAUAAAAAAGUUUAAGCUUUUAUAAAAUCUAUCAAAGAUUGCCUUGAAAAUAUUUAUCAUCAAGGUUUAAGAUAAACUUUGAAUUCUAUAAGUGUUAUUAUCUCAAAAGUUGCAUUAAUUCUAAAAUAAAAUCCUGUGAAGACUUUGAUUGAAUAGGAUAUGCUAGAAGUACUUCUUUAUAAAGAUAUUAUUGAACCUCAUUAUCUCUCUGAGUGCAAAAAACAUGCCGACAAAAUCUUCGAAUAGUUAAUGUACAAAAUUCAACUCAUGGAAAAAGAGGAAGCAAUAAGUACUCUAAAAAUAGCAAUCUCAUUAAAGAAUAAUGUUCCGGACACUCCUUUAUCAAAGGUCUUCCAUUUCACUGUUGGGGUUUUAAGUAAAUUUAUGAGGGCAGACAAAGGAAUUAAAAAGAAUUCUUUCAUUAACAUAAUCACUGAGAUUGAGAAAAUGAUAUCCACUCUGCAAUCAUCUCAAUCCUCAACCCAUCAUCAUUCAUCAGAGGGAAUUAAAGAAUUUUCUUUAUUGUCAUGUUCUCUAUAUAAUCACUACUUCUAGAGGACAAUUAAAUAUGAUGACUAUCCACUUGAUAUGAUGAUGUAUCACUUCAAUUUCUAUCAAAAGAGCGAAUAGUUUGUUGAAGUUAUUAAAUUAUUCGCUAAUUUGGUAGAGGAUACCAAUACUCACACUUACUAUCUCCCUCAUUUAUUAGGCUAUAAUGGAAAAUCAUUUUUGUUGACAGUACAGUAAAAUAUUAGCUUAAUUUACUUUACAAUGGAAGAGGUCUGUCUCAUAAAAAGCUAUAUCGACAAAGUUGUGGCAAUAAUUAUUGAGGGUCAAUCUUUGUUCAAUUCUAUCUCAUCUUAAAUUCAAAGUAUUAAAAUUAUGAUUGAUUAAAAAUGGGAAAAAUGGCUUCAUGCUAAUGAUAGAUUGAACAAAAUUCUAAUUACGAUAAAAAUGCAGCAGACAAUAACUAAUGAAGUAUUUAAAUCAGCGAUGGAAGCGCAUUAUUAUCUUGAGACAGCUAAAAUAGACCUCUUAAGAAAAUAGAUUUUUGCAAAUCAAAUUAAAGAAGUUCUCUUUGCUUCCACCUCUGAUCUGGCUAGUUAGAUUAAGCUAUAGGAGAUUACUGAAGAAAUAAAGAGAAGACAUAGUCUAUAGUUGAUUAAAGGUCAAACAAGUCAAAAAUGGUAUAUCAUUAAGUAAAACCUUAUUAAGAUUGGAAAGAGACUUAUUUUUGAAAAUCAAGCUUCAGAAUAGGUUCUGCAUUCUCAUAAGGUAGAAGUACCGACUGCAUUCAUAAACUAAAUGAGUCAAUCAGAGUUUAGAGACUGGAUUGUGAAAUCUUGUUACUCUGGAGACUAAUAUUAAGUUAAAGAGUAAUUAGAGGUACUUCUAGAAAAGUUUUAUUCAAAGACUGAUGGGCAAAGUAAUUUUCAAAAUGAUCAAUUUUUAAGGUAGAUGCUUGUUAAAAUUUCUCAGAGAUAGUAAUCAUAUUUCUAUGAAAAAGACCUCAAACUUAUACUUCUCAAUAUUUUGAACUAAUGGAUUGAACUUUAAAAAUUAGGGAAAAAUGAUCUAUAACAUUUUGAGAGUACUUUAGAUUAUAGAGGUAAUCUCAAUUUUACUAGUUAUAUAGUCUAAAAGUGUUUAAAUGAAGACGCAGAAGAUUUUUUAGAAAAAUAUUAUGAUUAAUUUAAUCUACAAGAAAGAAAAAAUUUCAAAAACUAAAAUAAGGAAUUUAACAAUCUAAUUAAAUAAAUUGAAUCAUACUAAGCAAUAAAGAAAUACUUUGAGACUAUGAAAUCAAAAAUUGAGAGAGAUCCUUCUUUAAUAAGUGAGCAAAAGAGAAUCAAAUCUGAUUUUAAAAAGCUAGCUGCAUUUACUUUUGAUAAUUUUUUCAAGUUAGAAUGUAAUAUUCCCUUUGAAGAUAUAAUGAAGCAUUGUUAUGAGCAAUAUAUUGAUGGUUACGAUACAUAAUUGGCAAAACUCAAAACAAUAAGCAAAAUAUUUGGAGUGAAAAGUACAACCAAAGAGAAAUUAGGGCUAUCCUAAUAAAAAGGCAAAAAGCUAAUUCAUAAAUUAGAAAAGAUUAUAGAGAAAGAUCCUGAAUGUGCAUCUUUUAUUAUAAAAAUUAUGGACUUUGAUACUACUGAAUUAUUGUCUUCUACAAACUCAGUGCUUUUAAAACAAAAUUCAGCUAGGAUUGAGGAAUCAAUUAUUUUGAUAGAUUUGAGGAAUACUGUAAGCAAAUUAUUCAAAGAGAAAGUAUUCUAGGACAUAGAGAAUAGACUUAAUGAUAUUUUCUAAGAUUUUGAAGAUGAUAUGAUUGAAAUUAAUGCAACUCUCAAAUAUAAGAUUAUAUCCAUCCUUUAAGCUUUGAAGUAGUUUUCUCAAUAUAUCUUUGAUCCCUAGGGUUGUAAAGAAAUGCUUAAUAAUCUUGUUCAUGAAAUUUAAUCAAGAGCCAAACUGGAUUUAGACUUAAUUGAAAGAUUUAAGAAAUAAGUUAGACUUGUUUCAAGAGUAAAGGUUGAGCUAAUCACAAAAGAAUCUGAGCAAUUGUAUGGAACAAGUGAAAGAAACAAAGAAAAGGAUGCUUUAAUUCAAUUGUCAAAGGAAUUUAAUGAAUUUUAGGAUAGUGAGUAAUUUACAUAUCAAUAAAAUUUUGUCCUCUGCAAUAGCUUAAUUAAAAAGAUAUUUGAUAUAAUUAAAGUUCAAGAUCAGAAGCAAAAAGGCAGAAUUCAUGAUUAAGAACAAUUGAAAUAAGUGUUUGCUGUGUGUAUGAUUACAUUUUGCAUCAAUUAAAUUUCUGAAAAAGACAUUUUAUCACUAAUUAAAGAUUCUAAGGACUUUAAAAUAAGGUUCAAGUAGCAAAAUUAGUGGAAACAUUUGCUAGUCGAUUAUUUCAAAACUGAACUUUAAUUUACUCUUAUAUUAUAAAAGAAAGAAGAUCUUUUCAAUAGAUGUAUGGAUUAUAACUAAUGGCUAUCAUAAAGUAAAUUAAAGAUAAGUAGUAUUCUUGAUAUUAUUGCUAAAUUACCAGAAUUUGAAGGCAAUGAUAGAACAUCCUCAAUUGACAGACUGAACAAGAAUCUAUCUAUUCUCCUGGUAGGUGCGCACAAAUAAGGUCUUUUAAAGUCAUCAUCAAAGUAAUUAAAAAUUCUCAAAAAUUAGAUUGAAAAAAUCCAUAAAAGUAUUAAUGAUAGUAACUAGGAAAGCAAAGUAUAAGAGAUUGAUAGUCUUAUAUAGAAAUAAUCAUUGGAUUUUAUGCAAAAUUUUAUACGCAUAGAAGCUUAUAACAAAGAUAACUUGAUGAAUUUAAUAAUAUAAGAUCUUUAAAAGAUAACUGAAUCUGUUAGAGGCGAACCUAAUGUUAAAAAAAUGCAUGAAUAUGUUACAAAUCAAUAAGAUUAUCUCUAGGAAAUUAACAAAAUCAUUUAGCUAACACCCUUUUCUUCUUAAUAGAUAAAUUCACUCAAAGCUCUUCACUAGAAGUUAGAUUCAGCAUACUAUAUUUCAGGCUCUUAAAUAUUCUAGAAUCUAAGUAAUGAAGUAAUGAGCUAAAUAAAAUCAGAUAAGUGCUCACUUCUCUUAUAAUAUGAAAGUGAAAUAUUUUCAUCUAUCGAAAUUACUGAUAAAUUUUAUAAGUAUGCAUCUAAAGUUGGUGAAAAAUAUCUCUAAAUUUACCAAGAAAGCAAAUCAGUAUCAAAGGCAGUCUCAGAAUUUGAAAAUCUUAUCUAUUCUUAGUAAUUUAUAAUAAAUGACAGUUUAAAAAUCAACAUGUCACAUAUUGAUAAAUUUAGUAUCCAUAAUCCAAAGAAGGCAUUAUAUGAUAUUAAAGAUCUAUAAUAUAAUAAUAAAGAGGAAGUUGAAAAUUUUUUGAUUCUACACAGAUCUUUAAACGAGGAUGAUGUUCUAUCUCCUUCAAUGUGCUCAUAACUUAAAGAUAUCUAUGACAUAUUAUUGUUCGUAAAUGAUCAACAAAAAUAAACAAUAUUUCAAAAAUUGAUAAAACUAAUAAAGGAGAAAGAAAUUGAAGACUAGGAAGAGGAAGAGGAUUCUGAACUUUUAAAAUAAUUAAAGAAUACUUUCGCUAAUUUCACAAGUAAUAGUAUCAGCAAAUUACUAAAUAGUGAUGAAAAUUAAGAUUCAAUUAACUAAUUUAUUGAGAAUGAUUUCGAGAGUACUAUUCGUCAAAUAAGAAUUACCUUUAAACUAUAAAAUAAAGGUAAUCAAAAACUUCUUUAAUUCUUGUAUCAAAAUGAGAAUAUUAUAAAUCUUAAUUAAGAGCAUCGAGCAUCAUUUAUACAAGCUUUAUAAUUGGCAUAUCGCUAAGAAACUAAUGAAAACCAAGAUGAUAAUUAUUUAUUGGUUCAUAUGAAAUAAUCCAUACAAAAUGAAUCAACUUAAAAGCAGCUUGAAUUUAUUAAAAUGCUUUAAUCAAUAGAAAAUUAGCAUUUAAUUGAUAUCUUGAAUAAUCUUAGCAAAAGCAAAUUAACCUAUAUUAAUAGAAUUUGGAGUAUUUUGAUUUAGAAGGACUAUAGCAAUUGGAAGGAAGAAGUAUUCAUAAUGACAGCAUAUUAUAUCUGCUCCUUAUGGAUUGAAAAUUUAGAACCACUCGAUGUCAAGCUAUAAGAAGAUAAAGAUUACCUUGAUUAGAGGAUGAAGAAAGUGAAAGGACUAUUAGCUGCUUUAACUCAACAGAGAUUCAAUCUAAAUGAAAAUAAAUUAAAUAAGUUUAAUGAUAUCAUUAAGACAGUAUCAUUGAAGACUAAUUCAUACAAAAGCGAUUACAUUUCUUAAGUAUCUGUCAGAAAUUUGGAACAAUUUUUACUCAUUAUUGAUCAAAAAGAUAAUUUUGAGGUAAUCAUUAAUAUCUUAGAGUAAUACAGACCAAUAAUAUGGCAUUAGAAAUUAUUAAUCUAUUCUUGCGAGAGAUCUAUCAACGAAUUUUUUUCUAAAUAGAAUGGAAUCAUAUCUACUUAGCAAUUAAAAAUAAAAUAAUCAAUAACUAAAGGUUUAAAAUAUAUACAAGAAUCAGUCGGCAUUCUUGAAACAAUAAAAUGUCUAUUAGAUGAGGAAAUUGAUUCAGAAAGUGAAAGUUUAUUUCUCAGUUAUGAAUCAUUGUUAAAUGUCAUUACAAAGCUUGUUCAGUUAAAGAAAAAGAAUCUUCUAACUGAUUCAGUAGUCUAAUAACUUAAAGGAGGAUAAAUCAAUGAUAUUCAAAUUUAGAUUAUGAAAAUAUUAAUUAGGUAAGAACUUAACUAUUCAGAAGAUAAUAUUCUUCACAAAAAUAUUGUCUCAGGAUUAUAUUCAUUCAGCCAAUUCUAUGGUGAAAGUAAAUUAUAGUUGUUAAUCAGUUUAAUCGUAAAAGCAUUUAAGAAAUAAAAAACCUAUGAUCCUUAAGAUCUCCUUAUCUUACUUUAGAAGAUUAAUAACCGCAGAAUUAUUCUAAAUCAAUAGAGUUUUGAAAUAAUGGAAAAAGAGAGUGACAUAAGCAUAUGGGCUAAACUACUUUAAAAAGAGGCUGAAAUAAAGAAAAUAAGAGAUGAAAAAAAUAAAUAAAAAUUAUCUUAAGAUGAGCUUCUUAGAUUCGAAUGCAAUAAUUUGUGCGAGUAAAUAUAUAUUGAUGAUUACAAUGAUGGAGUUAAAGAUUGGGUUAAGCCUAAAAAUGGUGAUGAACCAAGGCUCACUCAGUUUAUACUAAGAAUAUUCCAAGUUUUCAGAGGAAUUUCAAAUGUUUUACCUUCACAAGGGAUAAUAUCUAAAUGGGAUAGGCAAAAAGUAACUAACUGGGCAAACAGUUAAGGAACGAAAGAUCUUUACCAAGAUAAAUGGAACUUCAAAAAUGCAUGUGAGAUAUUUGCUGUGAUCAUUAGAGGGAUUUAAUUGGCUACUAAUAACAUUGCACGACAUACUUAAAUCUCAUGCUGUGUAUUCUUCUAUUUUGAUUUAGGUCAUGUGGGGCAAGUUUAUACAGGAGAGGGUAAAACUUUAAUAACAGCAUUCUGGUCAAUCAUCCAAGUAAUCAGAGGAAUGAAAGUUGAUAUACUAAGCAGUUCAAGUGAUCUUGCUUCCAGAGAUUGUUAUGAGACUAAGAUUAUCUAUGAUUAAUUUGGAAUAAAAGUAGAUACGAACUGUGACGAAAAUGCUACUGAAGAUGAAGAUAAAAGAAAAUAAAAAUACUAGGCUGAUAUAAUUUAUGGCGAUAUCGGUUCAUUUGAAAGAGAUUAUCUACUUGAUUCAGUCUUUAUUGGCAAAAGUGUUCGAGGUGGAAGAACAACUGGUAGCUUAAUGAUAGAUGAGAUUGAUAGUUCACUUCUAGAUAAAGGAGAAAGCACUCUAUAUCUAUCGCACAAGAUACCAGAAUUAGCUUGUCUGAAAAAUUUAUAUAUUCAAAUAUGGGCAUCAGUUCAUUCUAAAGGAAAUACUAAGGGAACAUAAGAGGAUAUUAAAGCAAUUACAGAGAGCUUAAAGCUAAGAAUCGACUCUAAAAAUAUCCAGAUUCCAAACAUUUUAAAGAAUCUUAUUUUCAAAAAGCUUCCAGAGUAUGUAAAUAAUGCUUUUACCGCUAAAAAUAUGCAUCAAAAUGAUCCCUAUAUUGUGAAAAUGAGAAAAGAUAAUGGGAGAGUUGUUGUGAUGGAUAAAGAGACAGGGGUUGAAUAAAAAUCAACUUAAUGGAGUAAUGGACUUCAUCAAUUCUUGCAACUCAAACAUCAAGAUAGACUUACUCCUGAGAGUUUUAGAGCUGUUUUCAUCUCUAACUUAAAAUACUUUUAAAAUUACAAAGGCAAAAUUUAUGGUUUAACAGGGACACUCGGCUCUAAAGUUGAAAGAAAUCUUCUCAAUAAUCUUUAUUCUUUGAAGUUCUUUAAUUUACCUAGAUUUACUCAAUCAAGCUAUAUUCAAAACGAUCCAAUUAUUGUACCAACACUUCAGGCUUAGUUAAAUAUGAUUAAAAUGAUAGUAAAAGAUGUGUGUAUAGAAUAGAAGCGACCCAUUCUAUUUAUUUGUGAGAAUGUAAGCUCAGUUUUACAAAUUGAGUAAUUCAUUGCUGAAUUUCACAAUUAGGUAUAUAAAAGAAUUUCAGCUGAUGAAGACUUAGACAUAGGGACUGAAUCUAAUCCCCUGUUAGGAGGAGAAGUAAUAGUUGCCACUAACAUUGCAGGUAGAGGAACUGACUUGAAAGUCAAUGAUAAAGUUAGUAAGAUUGGAGGAAUGCAUGUUACAGUAACUUUUCUCCCAAGUAAUAUAAGAGUUGAGGAGUAAGCUUUCGGAAGAACUGCAAGAAAAGGGCAGCAAGGUAGUGGAUAGUUUUGUAUUUAGUUUCCUAAUUCAAGUUUAUCUAUCGAUGAGAUCAAGUUAGAGAGAGACAGGAUUGAGAGCUAUAGGCUUGCUGAAUUAAAGAAAAAGACCAUUGUUAAAUUAGAAAUUGAAGGAAUAUUAUUCUAAAAAUUCACUGACUUAUUUUUGAAGCUAUCUGAUAAACUUAAACAUGACUUUGGAAUGAAAUACACUCUAGGGGAUUAAUUAUUUUCAAAAUAUUAUGAAAUUCAAAUUGAAUUUCUAAAGAAUAGGUGGGCUUUCUUUUUAGAGAGCAUUACAGAGGAGUUGAGUGAAGUAUACAAAAAGGGAAAAAGGGUUACGUUCGAAUUUUUCGAGAAUUUUAGGAGUGAAUGUUUUAGAAACGUCGGAGAUCAAGAUGGUCUUAAAUUUGCUAAAUCCUACUGUGAACUAGUAAAAAUUGGGAACUUUUUUGAUGAGCAUUAAUUCAUUAAGAUGGCUUUAAAAGCCUAUAAUAAGGCAAUAAAAAAUGAACCAUAAUUCUGUGAAGUUGCUUUAUACAGAAAGGCAAAGGCAUUGAUGGAUAAAAACAGCUCAACUGUACUCGAAUUCUUCGGAUUAUAAAAUUUAUACAAUCAUGUCGCUAGUGAUGUUCAAUCCUAGUUGGAAAAGAGAAAAUAGAUCGGGCUAAUAUUGAAAUAAAGUUUAAAUCUUAUGCAAUCAAAAGUUAACGAUUUACUUGCUGGUAUGCAGGUUGCAAAAGCUGUUGAUUAAAAUUAUAAGUAGAGAGCAAAAGAUGUUCAAUAUGAAAAUUUAUUUGAAUUGUAAGUUUAAGAGAUUGUAGGUUUAUAUAGCUAUCAUAUCAACUCAAUAAAAUAGUCAGUUGGGUAAUUACCAACACUUGAUGUCCUAAGAGAAAUAUUCUCAUGCAUUGAUGAUUAAGAUAUGCUUACAAAGAUAACUACAUAUUUUGAAAAUAAUACAGACAUUUUUAAACUUGAGAGAAUAUCCACAAAAGUUCAAAUUUAAUAAUAGCCAUAUCGAUUUAUUGUUAAUGGAGAAAUUAUAGAUCUCCCAGUAAACUUGUAGUACUGUGACAAAGAAAUAAUCAAUGUCAUAAAAGGAAAGAUUGGAAAAUCAAGUUAUUAAGAGCGUUACCUCAUAGAAAGUGAUUUCAAGAAUGUGUUUUUAACCUAAGACAGUGUUAUUUAAAGUUUAAAAUAAAAGGGAUAUCUAAAUAAUAUGGAAUAACUGGUGUAUGUUCCCCUAUUUGAUCCAGAAAAAUUCAUGCUUGCUACUUUCAAAACUGAUGGAGAAUAGAAAAAAAUGAUGACGUUCCUCAUUGAAUGUUCUUAAAAAUUCUUUGAUAUAUAGGUAUUCAAGAAAAAUCUGAGCUCUCUCUCUUUAUACUAUAAUGAACUAAUAUAAAAAAAGCUUAUAUAAAUUGAGGAAAAAGGAACUCUCAUUAUUAAAAAUGACAAGGAUUAAAUGAUUAAAGAAUUCGGAGAAAGAGUUUUUAAUAUAAUUUAAAAUUAUAUAGAUGAUGCUCUCACUUAGGGUAAGUCAGAAAUCUAGAUAAUUAAAAGUUAAAUUAAUGUACACACUUCAUCAUCUGAGCAAUUUACAUCACUCAAAUUUUUUAUGCUCACAAAAAAUAUCAUUAAAUAAAAGGCUUUUAAUUUUAAAUUAACCCACCACAGAAAAGACAGAAGAAAUAAAAUCAAGAAAUAAGUAUAUUCAUUGAUUGAUUAAAUUGAUCUAAAUAAAUCUAGUCAAAGUAAUUAAAUACUUGACCAUUUUAUGGCAAUGAUAAAUAUAAAUUCAGCUCCGAUAAUAAAAGAUUAAGAAUAGAAGAAAAAAGAUGCCUAUCUAUUUAAAGAUUUGAGAUUUGAUAGUCCAAUAGAAGUUUUGCAAAAAUAAAAGGACAUUUUUAAAUAGAAUCUAUACAAAGCUAUACUGAAUAAGAUAGGAAUCAAUAAGAUAAAGGAAUCUGUAGAGGUAGAGGUAACUAUACUAGCCACCAAAUUUAGUGAAUAGCAAAAACCAGUCCCAAGAGAGAUCGAAGAAAUGAAUGAUUUAGGCUUAGAAAAGAUUAUUGUACUUUAGCAAGGUUGGAAGUUUGACUGGAGAGCUGCAGCUGUUAUGCUUAUUGGACUUGCAUAAAUUGGAUUAGGAGUUAUCUUAACAGCAACUGGAGUGGGUGCAACUUUGGGAGCUGCUUUAAUUGCAGAAGGUGUAUCUGACAUAAUAUAUGGAGCCUCAGCAAUGGCCUAAGGUGAGUUUUCAUGGACUGAUUAUGCUAUUUAAAAAGCAAUCAGUCUUGCUAUUGCAGUUGUAACCAUGGGUUGCUCAUCAUUUGCUAGCUCAGCUGGUGGCUAGCUUGUAAAAAAAGCAGGAAUUAGACUAGCCAUUAGCCAAGUCAAAAAAGCUGCACUUAAGUCAAUUAUUCAAUUGAUAAAAGAAAAGGUAAUAAAAUGGACAGUAAAGACUUUCGGAGUUCUUAAGAUGUUUGCUGAAAAUUUAAUUAAUUAAGGAACUUCUAUAAUAAUUUCUAAGGGAAUGAUUGUAAUUGAGAAAAUUGUAAAUACAGUUAUUGAACCAAUAAAGAAGUUCUUGUUCGAAGCAAUUGCUAGAAUUACAGAAAAUGACAGAGAUGGUUUUUUGAACAAGUGCUUUGACACAAUGAAAUCCAGUUUAUCAAUGUUCUUAGUUCACUCUUAGAAAUUCAUUAAAAUGUUUAAUUAGGGUAAAGAUCUUCUAUAAAAAAUUUUACAUAAGUUUCAAAAAGGAGGCUAGAAUUAUUCAACUAAGAUGGUUGCUGCUCUUGCAUCAAUGACUCAAAUCAUGUAAUCAUGUGUAUUGAUAGGAAAGAUAUCUCAACAAGUUCAAGAGACCUCAAAAGUAAUUUAAAAGACUGAAAAAACUUAUUCAGAGAUCAAAGUUGCAUAUCAAUCUUAACAAGUAUUUUAAUUGACAUAAGAAUAAAAAGACAAAUGUAAUUAAUAGAUUACUUUUUUCUUCAAUGAUAAAACAAAAAAUGCAAUUAAUGAAAUUUAAGAUAAGACUCAAAAACAAGUUGAUCAAUGGGCAUCUGAUUUGAUAGAUAAUUUUAUCAAUGAUAAGGUUGUCACUGUAAUUGAAAGUUAAUUCGACAACUAGAUGUUGAAACUUGAUGAAGAUGAGGAUAAGCCAGCAGAGAAAGAUGAAAAAGUCAAAGAAGAAAAAUGCAAAGAAAUUAAAAUCAAAGAAAAAUCAAUACUUGAAGAAGCUUAAGAAGGGGCAUAUGAAUUACUAGUUACCUGUAUGGAUAAGACUAUUUUAACUGGAAUAGAGAAUAUCAUUUAAUAAGGUGCAAAAAAUUUAAAAAUAUUAUGCGCUGAUCAAUUCUCAACUUUAAGAAUAGUCUUAAUCAAAGUAUGUGUGUAUUCUUACCAUGUCUAGAAUUUCACAUCUGUUAUUUUAGAUUAUUUUAAGUCUACAACUAAAAAAUUACUUGAUGUCAUAAACAACUUUGGAUCUCUAAUUAUUUCAAACCUAAAAUACAUUGGCAUAAUUUUUGAUUCUAAAUUGCAAAUUAAAGACGCUAGAAAGGUAGCACUAUGGGUAAAAAAUAAGGCAAGUGCAAUACAAAAUAUCAUUAAUGCACCUAAUUAAUUAGAGAAUCUUACAUCAUCAGUCACAAAUUUCUUCGAUGUAAUUUAGGAAAAGGUUCUAUCGAUAGUUUAGCAUUUUAGCAAUCUUAAUAUGAAUAUACCAGAUGAAUUCUACAAUAAGUGUGUGGAGAGAGUAGAUGCAUUUUUAGAAUUUCUUUAGGAUUGGAUUGUGUAACCAAUAAUGGCAAUAAUAUAACCACUUAUGAAUAAAAUUUCUACUAAGGUUGUAAAUAAGUUUUAAAAAUUCUUUAUGUCUCUAUCUGAUAAAGAUGGUAAAAAUAUUGAAAUGCAUGAAAAAUUUAACAAAAAGCUAGACUUAUUCAUCCUUGAUUUUUAGGAAGACAAGAAGUACAAAAUUAACUGGGAAGGUUUAGUAGAGAAAUUUCCAGUUAGUAUUGACUUGAAAGGAAUUAUUGAAACUGUUUAAAAUACAGUUGAAGCUGCUGAAUAGAUAGUGAGGAUUGAAGACAGAUUAAAAUUAGAAAAAAAUAAGAUUAAAUAAAAUGUUAAGGAGACUAAACAUAAUAUCAAAUAAAUCGCAGAAGAUGCACAUUAAAUUCUUCAUAGUAAAGAAGGAGCUGCUAGUGCAAUGGUGCAAGUAGCAAAGCAAGAAUUUUUAGCCUAUGUCCCUCAAUAUAUCAACAAACAGUGUGAGCUCUAUACAUAGUAUUAUGUAGAAAAAUUCUUCAUGACUUUCAAUGGCAGCAUUGACUACAUCAAAGAAAAAAUCAUUGAAAUAUACGAUUAGGUUUAAAAUGCAGAGCUUCUUUAUCAAUGGAUAAAAACCUAAAUUGGAGAUUUGAUGGAUAAAAUUAAGGGAUUGUACUCCUAAAUUAAGGCAUACUGCUAAAGCGUUUUCAGCAACAUAAUCAAGUUAUUGAACUUCAAAGUAGAUUUGAACGACCCUGAGUAAUUCAAGCAUUUCAUCACAUCAAAGAUAGAGACUCUGAAAUCAAUUUCAACUUUCGCAUAAGAAGGUUUUGACAUUGCUACUGAAGUAAAGAAUAUUUUUAUCUCAGCCAAUAAGAGCUUGGGAGAAUUUUAGAAAGGGCAAAUUGGAUAAAUUUCAUAGAUAAAAAGAACUGAGUUUAUUGAAUCAGUAGAUUUCUAUAUACUGAGCACCGUUGCUUCGGCAAAGAAUUUCAUUCAAAGUGCAAUAACAUGCAGAGUUUAGGAAUUCAGCGAAUUGUUCUUGAAAGACUUCGAGGAAUUCUGUUUCACUGGAAAAACCUCUAAUCAAGCAACUGAUGCUCUCAAAAGGACAAUAUCUAAAUUACAGUAAUCAGCAUCAAUAAAUUCGGAGGAAAUUGAGAGGCUAUUCUAAGCAGUCAAGGAUAAGCUCAAUGAAAAACUCAACCUAGGAAUUUCCUAAAUACAUUAGAGCAUAGCUCAACUGAGAACAGAGCUUCAAUAAACCAGAGAACAAAUAAUCUAAUCAGGAAAAGAACUUUAAGACAGAGGUGUAAGAGCUUAGGAGGAAUUAAAGGAUAUGAAAGAUUAAGUUGCAAAUAUGGAUUAUUAACAAGUGGUUAAAGCAACUGUCUAGGUUGGAGCUGAAGAAUUCAAGGAAGAAAUAAUAGGGAAGCUCCUCGAAAUUUCAGAUUAACUGGUAUCUAAAAUUAUCGACAAUAUUGUCAUCAAAAGCUAGCCUAUUUUAGACGAGGCAAAGAAUCAAAUAUCAUCAUUGUAUGAUAGGUCAAAGGUUGUCUAAGAUUUCGCUUUGUUAAUAAACCGUAAAAAGGAAAACCUCUAAAGAAGUAUUUAAGAUAUUUUAACAAAUCUUAAAAAAUAAAUUUACUUAAUUGUGAGGAGAAUUAUCAAAAAAGUUUAAAUAGAUACUCCAUUUUCUAUUGCAAAUGCUAACGAGUAAUUGAAAUCACUGGCUAGAUUAAAUUUUUCAAAAGAAAUUAAGGCAAUUGAAGAUUUAAUUCCAAAUUUAUUCUUAGAUUUGAAUAUAAUUGAGGAAGAUCAACGGUCUCUUUAGGGUGAUAAAGGGAGUGGCAGUAUAGAAGUAAUAGAAAAACAAAAAUUCUUGAAAAUUUUGGACCAAAUAAUUGGAGAUCUCUCAAAAACCUUGAAAAAAUAUGCUCAUUAAAAUGCCAAAAAGCGUAUUUAAUAAGCUUUUGAUAAGUUAGUCUCUUGA